CCACACCAAGGAAAAGACCUCAACCUUCCCUCGGAGACGACCCGUUCAUCCACGCCACACCCCACGACCUCGUCCUCCUUCACGAUGGCGUCCCUCGCGACCGCUUCCCGCCUCUGCCUGCGCGCGGCUGCCAGGCCCGCCGUCCCUGCUGUGCGCGCCCUCAGCACCACCGCCGUCCGCCCCGACAGCGCUGCCGCCUCGGCCGCCUACUCGAGCCCCUUCAAGGGCGAGACCAAGGGUUCCAAGAUCCCCAACUUUGGUGCCUACGUCUCCUCCGGCAGCGAGGGCAAGAACAAGCUCUACUCGUACUUCAUGGUUGGAGCCCUCGGUGCCGUCAGCGCCGCUGGUGCCAAGAGCACCGUCCAGGAGUUCCUCGUCAACAUGUCUGCUUCCGCCGACGUUCUGGCCAUGGCCAAGGUUGAGGUUGAUCUGAGCACCAUCCCCGAGGGCAAGAACGUCAUUAUCAAGUGGCGAGGCAAGCCCGUCUUCAUCCGACACCGAACCCAGGAGGAGAUCGACUUGGCGAACAAGGUCAACAUCUCCGCCCUGCGAGACCCCGAGGAGGACAGCGCGCGUGUCAAGGACCCCGAGUGGCUUGUCAUGCUGGGUGUCUGCACCCAUCUGGGUUGUGUCCCCAUCGGCGAGGCCGGUGACUAUGGUGGCUGGUUCUGCCCUUGCCACGGUUCUCACUACGACAUCUCCGGCCGAAUAAGGAAGGGUCCUGCCCCUCUCAACCUCGAGAUCCCCGAGUACGAUUUCCCCGAGGAUGGCAAGCUGGUCGUCGGUUAAGCGGGAUCCCCGUGGGAUGUAAGAGUAUUCUUUUUUAUAAGGAAGGGGAAGAGAGAAGAGUUGAUGGAUGGAGCAUUAGACUGGCGGGCGGACACACACACACCAAGGCCCCGGUGGGCGCAAGUUGCUGAUUUCUUAGACGUGGCCUUGAGUCCAUUGUAUAAAAAUAAAACGUCCUAGGAAAAUUCAGUCGACAGGCUCAAAGAGGAUUCGAGGGGGGAGAGUGGGAACAAGUGCAAGAUGCGAUCUCCCGUGAGAGACGUUGUACUAAUUGAAU